UAAGGUUUCCGCGUGAACGCGCUACUUUUGGAAAACGGAAACGGAAAACACCGUUUCCACGGGCUCGUUCUCGUGUAAACGGGGCCGAAAGUUAAUAAGCAUGAUUUUUCGUGUGUGUGGGGGUGGGGGGUGUCCGUUGAAGUGCUGUGAUUUUAAUAAAGUUUAAAAAAAAAAAAAAAGGAAAAACAACGCCCAACGCGCAUGUGACAUCAUCAGCGCGCGCCAGGCACAAACGUGGGAAGCGUCCACGUGAGCCGGUCAGAGAGAAACGCGAUGGCGGCGGAUCAGCAGGCAGAGGUGCAGCUCGCGCAGAGGUUAGCCUCCAACGAGAGACCCGUCCGGACCCGAGCCAUGAAGAAGCUGCGGAAGUACAUCAGCGUGAGGUCACAGCAAGCUGUGUUCUCAGGUGAGGAGUUGCUCAAACUGUGGAAGGGGCUCUUCUACUGCCUCUGGAUGCAGGACAAGCCUCUGCUGCAGGAGGAGCUCUCCAGGCAGAUAUCCACCCUGAUCCAUGGCUUCCACACCACAGAGCAGCAGCUGUCCUACCUCCAGAGCUUCCUGCAGACGAUGAAGAGGGAGUGGACCGGCAUUGACCAACUGAGGAUGGACAAGUUCUUCCAGCUCGUUCGCUUCAUGGUCAGACAGGCGCUGGAGGUGCUGAGGAGGAGGAGCUGGGACAGCAGCGUGGUGUCCCAGUUCCUGGAGCUGCUGACGGCUCAGCUCCUGCAGAGCGACGACGCGGCGCCGAGCGGCCUGCAGCUCCACGUCCUCGACCUCUACCUGACCGAGCUGGCAACUGUGGGAGCCGCAGAGCUCACCGCCGAUCAGAACCUGACCUUCGUCGAGCCGUUCUGCAGAACAGCAGCGAGAACCAAAGAUCGGACUCUGUUCAGCAGUAUCUGCAGCAGCGUCUUCACCACCAUCAUUGACCAGGCUCCCUUUGCCAUCGAGGACCUGAUGAAGGAGAUGAAGACAGCCGAGGACUCGGACUCGGGACAGGCCUCUGAUGAGGACGACGAAGAGUCAGGAGAGGGUGAAACGAGGAAGAUGGAAGGAGGGAAGAAGCAGGUCAACGGAAAAAAAUCUGACCAAGAGGAGGAGGAGGAGUUUCUUCACUUGGAGAACUUGGACUCAGAUUCACCGUACGAUGAAGACGUGGGGCCGGUGCUGCAGUUCGAUUACUGCGCGCUGGCAGACAAACUGUUGGAGUUCUCCAGUCAGAGCGGCACUCCGGGUCCCAACAGACAGCGACUCUACAAGAUCAUAAAGAUACUGCGGGACCUGAGUGAAGGGAUCUUUCCUCAGGAUGAGUACCCGGAGGAGGUCUCCACGGAUGAGGACGACGACAUGUUCGCCAGCAGGAAGAGGAUGAAGCGGCGGAGACGUCACACGGAGGAGGGUGUGGAGGCGGGGCCAGCAGUGAAGAAAGGGAAGAAAAAGGAGGAGGAGGACGCUGCAGACGUGACCGCUGAAAACAAAAAGAAGAAGAAGAAGAAAAAGAAGAAGAAAAAAGAGCAGCCAGAACAGAUCCAAUCAGCUCACGAAGAAGAAGCAGCACAGGCGCUAAAGGCCACAGACACAGACCACAAGGACCAACCCAAGAAGAAGAAUGAGGCUCCUCCCACCUCAGAGCCAGCAGGCGCUCCAAUAUCAGAGAAGAAGUCGUCCGUGAUCGUUGACACAGGAACCUGCGAGGUGUUUGGAAAAAAAGUGACAGCAGCGCCGCCACCUGAGAGCGACGCUACAGCACCUGCAAAGAAGAAGAAGAAGAGGAAGAAGAAGAAAGCCGAUGGAAGCGCAGAGCAGAUCCAAACAGCUGAAGAAGAAGAAGCAGCAGGAACCAUAAAGGUCACAGAGACGGCGCUGCACUCUGAGGCUACAACACAACCUGACCGCCAGGACCAACCAAAGAAGAAGAAACAGAAAAACGCUAAGACUCCUCCCACAGCCGAGCCGGAGCUUUCAGAGAAGAAGAAGAAGAAGAAGAAGUGCGUGGCGGCUGACACAGGAAGCUGUGAGGCAGAAGAAACAAUAGCACCACCGGAGGGUGAGGCUGCCAUUCCUGCGAAGAAGAAAGAGAAGAAGAAGGUGACAGCUGAGGGAGAGGCACCGGUGAGUGUUGGGAGCUCAGAGACUGAUGACACGCCUGCCACAGGAAGUGGUGCUGCAACACCAGCAAAGAAGAAGAGCAUCACAGCUGAUGAAGAGCAGGCGGCUGAGGCGCCGCAGCUUGCCAAAAAGAUGACAAAGAAAAAAGGAAAACAGGAAGCGACAACAAGCCCGACACCUGCUGAAACACCACAGAAGAAGAAAAAGGAUCAGCGAGAAGCUCCAGAGGAGGGGGGCCACCAGGAGGCCAAUGCUGGGACGACACCAGCGAAGAAGAAGAAAAAGAGCAGGAAGCAGGACGCCGCUCAGCUGGAGGCAGGUGACAUGGUGGACUCUAACACAGAAGCUGCCGUGAAGAAGAAGAAGAAGCGGAAGAUUCCCGUGGUGUUCGAGUUUGAGGCCGACGAGCUGCAGGCAGCAAACGGCCUCGCAGCAGCAGCAGAAGAAGAGACUGCCGCCAAAAAGCCCAGAUGGACAAACGACGAGACGGCCACGCCCCUGAGCAGCAACACGCCACAGAAGAAGAAGAAGCAGCAGGGCAGUGGAGGGUCACCAUCCACCUUCAUCAUGUUUCAGAGCAAAGCCAAACCGCCGACGCCGCUCUUCUGGAAGAUCAAAGGAAACCCGAGCACGCCGGCGAGCGGCAGGAAGAAGUUUCAAACUCCAAAGUCAGACUCCAAGAAAGUGACCUUUGGCCUCAAGAACAAUAAAACAGCUGAGUUCAGGAAGACGGAUCGCAGCCUGCUGGUGAGUCCGGACGGCUCGUCGCGAGUUCCCUUCGACCCGCAGCAGAAACCCAAGUUUGGUGUGUUGAAGUCUCCGCCCACCCCGCUGAACGCCACCAUGAAAAAGACGCCAAUACGCAAGAAGAAGGGCGGCGCCCCACAGACCACGCCCACAUGUCGACCCGUGGCGUCAGACUUUUUCUGACCGGAGCCGUCAGUGAUGGACUGAAAGAAAGUGUUUUUAUGUUCAGUAGAUUCUGUUUGUAUCUCUGAGUGACUCGAAUAAAGUUACUCGUUUUU